AUGCAGCAUGUUCUGGUACCGAACGGAAUCCCGACUCCUCCAGCGUCGCCGCUGUCCUGGGACCAGCAGAAGUAUCUCUCGCCGCACCAGCAGCAGCAGCAGCACUUCUUCCAGCCACCACACCCGCACCACAUCCAGCAGCGCUAUGUCCCGGUAACGCCAGAGGAGCGGAUUGGUUUGCGCUUGGAGGAGUCGCUCCAGCUGACCGGCAUCAUCGGGACCGGAGCCUAUGGUGUGGUGUACCAGGCCGUCGACCUGAAGACUAGCACCCGGUAUGCCGUAAAGGCCCUGAGCAAGCUCAACCCGGAUGGAAGCCCACUGGACGCUCGCCAGCUCGAGUACCAGGACCGGGAAAUCAGUCUCCACUAUGCCGCUUCGGCUCACCCCAAUGUGGUCUCCAUGCUUAAGAUCAUCGACGUCUACCCGGAUUGCCUUUAUGUUGUGCUGGAGUACUGCCCUGAGGGCGAUCUGUUCUACAACAUUACGGAAUGCGGACACUUUGUGGGCAAAGACGAGCUGGCACGUCGGGUCUUCCUGCAGAUUCUGGAUGCCGUCGACCACCUGCACCAGCUGGGAAUCUACCACCGGGAUCUGAAGCCGGAGAACAUCCUGGUCGCAAACGGUGGAGAGACGCUAAAGCUGGCGGACUUCGGGUUGGCCACCUCUGCCGAACAGUCGGAAGACUACGGCUGUGGCUCGACCUUUUACAUGUCGCCUGAAUGUCUGGGCCAGUCCAGUGCCGUCCGGCCAUACUACUACUGUGCUCCUAACGAUGUGUGGAGCUUGGGUGUGAUCUUGGUCAACCUGACAUGUGGACGCAACCCAUGGAAGCAAGCUUCGCACGAGGACUCUACCUACCGGGCCUACACACGUAACUCGGGCUUCCUCAAGACCAUCCUUCCCCUGACGGACGAACUGGAUGCCAUCCUGGCUCGGAUCUUUACCCCGAACCCGGACCAGAGGAUCACGCUGCCCCAGUUGAGACAGCUCAUCCUGGCCUGCCCCCGUCUGACUGCGCAGCCGCAGCAGCAGGUGGCAGCGCCAGCUGUCGUGCAGUCGGUGCUCACGCCGCCCGCUUCGGAUGACCACUCGAAUGCGGCGGCCGCUGCUGUCGAGGAGACUAUGGUGCCAACGGUGGAGACGCCCGCGGAUUUUGACAACUUUGCCACCCUGUCCCCUGCUUCCUCUGUCCUGUCAUCGGCCUCGUCUGUGCGGACGUGCACGUCUAGCAUCUCCUCGGUUAUGGACUCUCUCUUGGACGACGACGAAACUGGCGACGUGUUCUUGUGCCAGGACGUCCCGGAGAUCAUGACCCCACCACCCGUGUCUUCUGUGCACCCCCUCCCCUGUCACCCCGCUCACAACGACAUGCUGGCUGUCUACGAGCCCGAGGAUGCUUCUAUGAUCGGUGGCCCUUACCUCCAGCAGCAGCAACAACAACAUCAGCAGCAGCAGCAGCAGCUUCACCUACAGCCGACAGCCUACCACGUCCAUCAAACUAUGCACAUGCCACAGGACUACGUUACGUUUCACCAUCCGAUCGCGGUCCCACAUCCGGACCAGCCUCUCACACUUCAACAACCCUUACCGAUGCCUCCUGUGCUACUGCACCAACAGCAUCCCGUUCUCACCCAUCCCUCCCCAUCCACGCCGCUCCUGCAACAGCAGCAGCAGCAGCAGCAGAUCAUGCAGCAACCGAUAACAUGCGGUUCAGCUUCAAAGUUUCUGCUCUGGGAUUGGGUCAUUGGCAGGAAUGGCCAGUCUGCGCAGCAGUUUCGGUCGUUCCACCCAAUGUCUAUCCUUCCUAUCCCCCAUUCCGUCUUCUUACCGGGCUGCCAUUAA